CAAUCGUCACAGCGUCUGUGCUUGCAUGUGCAGUCACGAGCAGAAGCUCGAUGAGACAAAAUCGAGCUUGGGAUAAAGAAAUAAUUAACCGGUAGAUUGUCGAGACACGCGGUAUAUAUAAGAUGAGAAGGAUUAAUCGCGAAGUGUCGGAUAAGUGAAUGAGCAAUUGCAGCUAAUUGCGCGUGUUUAUAGGUGAAAAGAUAACGAAAUAACAAAUCGUGGGGGAUUAAAAAAAAAAAAAAAAAAAAAAAAAAAGGUCGAUAAAGCAAAAAAUGAAGAAAAAACCGAUCGAACGUUCGUACAAAGAUAUUUCGAGAGAACUAAAUCGUAACGUGACUGAAUUGCAACGCGGUUGACUCGUUACGUCGAGAAGUGAAAGAAAAGAGUAAAGAAAAAGAGAAAAAAAAAAAAAAACAACAACAACAACCAAACAUCGAAACUUUGAUCAUAUUUCGCGGUGAACAAAAAUCGCACGACAAUCGCGUCUUACGCGCAAUCGCGGCUUUGAUUCAGCCACGUGUCGUGAUGCGUGUCGAGUAAAAACGCAAGAAAAAAAAGAGAGAAAGAAAAUUGGAGAUUCCGCAGCGCAGUGCAGUGUAGUGCGGUGCGUUGCAGUGCGGCGUAAAAGUGACGAGGGGAAAUAAUUGUUUUUAAAAUAUUAACGAGACUGGUUAUUUACUCGUUUUUCUUUUUCUUACACCAUUAAUAAACUGAUCGCGACAACAACAAGAAUAACAAUAACAGUGAUAUUGUUAUCGGAGCAGUGGAUAAACGAUGCAAAAUUUUGAGUAACCCCUUGUGAUAAAAUGUUCGAUGUUGUGUAAAAAAAAAAUUUAACUGCAGAUUGUAAUUGACAUCGAGUGCCAACGAAUGUGGUGCAAGCGUUUGGUGUGGAUUUUUCUAUGGCUUUGGACACGCUGUGACAUCUGGUUAUAACAACAACAAUAUAAUAUAUUAAUAAUAAUAAUAAUAAUAAUAAUAAUGAUGAUGAUGGUGACAAUAAUACCUACGACGGAUAAUACGCGUGUAUAAUAAGAGUGAAGAUAAUAAAUAUUGUGCGACGAAUAUUGUAUAACGGUUGAGUGUAAAGUAAUAAUCACGGUGCGAAUGUAGAGAGUAGAAGGAGAGAAGGAUAACGGAGAUGAAUAACCGAAGAACGUGGAGAGACGGCGAGAGGGUUGAUUACUAGGACUCGAUAUUAUCGUUAUUCAACGAUGAUACGGACAAACAGCCAUCUUGCAACGAGUUUCAGGGAUGCUAAAUUUAGCCAGCAAACGCGACCGCCAUUACCAAUUCCUGUCUCAAGUUUGUGCUAGCUUUAAGGCCUUCGGGCCAGAGGCUCGAUCCGCAAAAUCAAAAUCGCCCGUGUGAGAUCGCCCCGCCCCCACCCCGCAAAAAAAAAAAAAAAAAUUCUACGAUCCGUACGCAUAGGAUCCGAGGAAAAAAACCCGGGAGUAAAAAGAGUCACGAUUCUUCUUGAACCCGUAAACAGUUGAUUAAGACGUGAGCGCAGAAGUGAUGAAAAAAAAUUUUUUUGAUAAAAAAUAAAAUUAAAAAAAAAAAAAACCGCAAACCUUUGUAACGUCGUAAAAGUGAUGUGUGAUAUUAUACAUGUAAUAAAUACGACCUAUCUGUGCAAAAAAAAAAAAAAUAUAUUUUGUCGAAUGAUAAUAUUCGAGGAAGGAAAGAAGGAGCAGCGGAUAUAAUUUGAAAAAAAUUAAUAUACAAGAUAAUAUUGAAAGAUUGAAAAUUUGAUAGUUUGAAAAGAGUUUUUGGUGUUGUUUGUAAUAAACUUUCCGACAUGGCGGACGAACCUGCAAUCCCCAUGGGCACCCGAACUCAUCUAGGCGAUAACAUCGCCUUGUCGGGUCUUCGCAGAGCGAUUUCCCAAGUAUCGAUGCUCGUCUUCAAAGCCACAUCGUCCGGCGAAGCUGCGUGGCGCGAUGAAUUCCUCAAGUAUCGGCAGACCAGAUUCAGCACAAGAAGAGUGCGAAAAAGAGUCGUAUUCAAACACGGUGACUGUAACGUUAUCCAGGGGAACGUAGCGAAACGUCGAAGAAGAUAUUUGCAGGACAUUUUCACAACGCUUGUCGACGCCCAGUGGAGGUGGACUCUCUUGGUAUUUGCCUUGAACUUCUUACUCUCAUGGCUCGGAUUCGCCCUCGUAUGGUGGCUAAUCGUCUACACUCACGGAGACCUCGACCACGUCGACACGGAAAACCCGAACGACACUUUUAUACCGUGCGUCAAUGACAUCCACGGGUUUACAAGCUGCUUUUUGUUCUCUGUGGAAACCCAGCAUACCAUUGGAUACGGUUCAAAACACACGACCGAAGAAUGUCCCGAAGCGAUAUUCGUCAUGUGCAUACAGUCGAUGACCGGUGUUAUGAUCCAAGCCUUCAUGGUGGGCAUAGUUUUCGCUAAACUGUCUCGACCUAAGAAGAGGACACAGACGUUACUAUUUUCGAGAAACGCUGUUAUCUGCCAACGAGACUCCCAGCCCUGUUUGAUGUUCCGAGUCGGCGACAUGCGGAAGAGUCAUAUAAUCGAAGCUCACGUUAGAGCUCAGCUCAUAAAACGGAAGGUUACUCGGGAAGGUGAACUGUUGCCAUUUUUUCAAACGGAAUUAAAAGUCGGUGGCGACGGUGAAGAGGACAAGAUAUUCUUCAUAUGGCCAACGACGAUUGUUCACAAGAUAGACUCGCGUUCGCCGCUUUACCAUCUGUCGGCAAGCGACAUGCUGAAGGAAAGAUUUGAAAUUGUAGUGAUACUCGAAGGUGUCAUCGAAUCAACCGGGAUGACAACGCAGGCGAGAAGCUCGUAUUUACCAUCGGAAAUACUUUGGGGGCAUCGCUUCGAGCACAUAAUAACAUUCAGAAAAGAAAGCAGCGAGUACGAGGUGAAUUACACGCUUUUCAACAACACCUACGAGGUUGACACACCCUUGUGCUCAGCUGCACAACUGGAUCAACUCAGAGCGCUUCACCGCACCAAAGAUGAGCGGGCAAGUUCGGGAAUCUUCUCAGGAAUCAGAGACGACUCGAGCAGCUCUUUGGCCACCAGUUCUGGAUCGAGUUUGGCAUCUUCCACGGGUGGUCUGCAGAUGCAAAUACCGCCAACACCGCCUACGCCCAUUCCAGUUACGGUGACUGGUCCUGACGAUUCUCCCCCCUGUGGUAGCAUCGACUACGACCCAAUUAUGCAGCGGAAUCAGAGAUUGGCUAGUUUUUACACCCAGGACGAGUUCACGGAUCCGGAAGACCUGCGGAGAAACGCUAGCUUCAGUUCGUCGAGCUACACCGUCGAAGACCUGAAGAACCAGCAGGACUACAACAGAGUACUCGAGGACAUAAAUGCGUGCUUGAGGAAAAACCGUAAAUGCAGUAUACCGGCCAAGGAGGACCGGAAGAUACAGAGGGAAGGAUCCAGGCCCGCAAUCCAGGACUCCAGGAAAUAUGACGCCAGAGGAACGGGAGACGGGAUGAGAAGAUCGGUGUCAAAACCGAUCUUCGAAAGCCAGAGCCACCCGAGUGCCAUGAAAAAGUCGCCGUCUCGAUCGACGAUAGAUUCGAGACACACGCGAUUCCACGAUUCGCCCGAACGGACGCACGAGCCGAGCGACUCGAGGGCUCUGCCGAGGAAAACGAGUUUGAGUGACGGUAACAAAACCAAACAGGAACAUCACCACGGUAUUCCGAAGAAGACCAGCUUCGUACUGAACGAGGGUGAACCGAUAAGGAUCAGUCCCGAACACAGCCGCGUGGAAUCGCGGGAAAACCAACGGCUGCCCGAAGAAACAGUUAUCAGGAUAUCGCCACCCCCGGUCCCUCAUCAAAAGACUCCGGAGACCAACAAGAAGAUCAACAGUCUUCAAUCACAGCACAUCGGCCCAGAGGAACAAGUGUAGAGUAUUUUCAAAGCGACGUCUUCGAAGCUUGAAUCGCGAAAAAUAAAAAUGAUUCGGUGAAUGUCGUACUCCAAUGUUCGACUAUCUCGUGAUAAAAUUGAUGAUGGAAAGGAAAGAAAAGUUGAGGAUUUUCG